AUGCCUUGGAUGACGUCACAUUCUAAAGCUGUUAACACUGGUGAAAAGCCCAACAGCCCACGCUCAAAGCACUCUGCUACAGAACAGCGUAGAAGGAGUAAAAUCAACGACAGAUUUUCGAUGUUGAGAGGAAUUAUCCCUCAUGCUGAUCAAAAGAGAGAUAAGGCGUCAUUUUUGUUGGAGGUUAUUGAAUAUAUUCAGUUUCUACAAGAGAAGGUGAACAAGUAUGAGGAUUCAUACCAAGGAAGGAACAACAAGCCUCCAUUGAACAACAUACCAAGUGAUGAACCACAAGUUCCAAACGGCAUAAUUGGCGUUUCAACCAUGUACUCUCAAGGAAUAUCUAGUGCUCUAACACAAGCGUUAAAGAGUUCGGGUGUGGAUUUGUCAAAAGCCAACAUCUCUGUAGAGCUUGACCUUGGAAAGAGAUCAAGCACCAAUCCGAAGGAGAAUGAGAGUCGUUCCAUUGAGGAGGGUGGUGAAGGGUUGAAGAGGUUGAAGAUGAGGAGAAAGUAAAAGUUGGUAUAACAAAUUCAAUUAUUUUGAUCCUUUGUUAAGGGGUCCUUUUUUAACAUAUUGAGGAUCAUUUAUGCAUUGUUUUGUCUUCAAAGUAUAUUGUACAUGUGCUUUUUUAUUUUUUUUUAAAUUUUGUCUUCAUAGAACUGUGUAUUAUUAAGAUGAUUGGGAGAUGAAAAUAAUAGACUUAUAUUCAUAAAACUCUAAUAACGUUAUAG